CCCGGAAGUCAUUUAGAGGUCAGAGCGGGCAACAUGGCGGCGCCCAGGCGGUGAGAGGAGAGGGCGGCGGGAGCAGCGGCGCGGUCAUGAGUGCUGCCCGCUGCUGCAGCCCGCCCCAGGCGCUGGCAGGAAUAUUUGUCUGGCACUUGAAGAAAACAGGAAUCCGGCAAGUCCCAUGCCAGUUUGUGCACCUGUGUCGAGCGCCUAAUGACAGACUGAUCACAUUUCAGUACUUUAACUUUCUCAGACGAAUGUAUGUAACACAGUACAACAAAGACCUCAGCCAGCGAGCGAAACCGAAGUCAGAUUCAGUUGUGUCUCCAUUCCAUGAGAGUCAGUUGGAUCAAGAAAGAAAGGUUAUACACAAGAUGACGUCGGUUUCACCUGUUCAUCAACCUUUGUCUGAGUUGAGAGAAAUUAAGUCAGCUGCAGAAAUUGGAGACCCAGCCACCCCACUAACAGCAGAAUCCAAAGAAGAAAGGCAAUGGAGAGAAAUGAAGCUACGGCUGGAUGAUUUGCCAGGAAUUCUGGCACGGUUGUCCAAAAUUAAGCUAACAGCUCUGGUGGUAAGCACGGCGUCUGCUGGCUUUGCCAUGGCCCCCGUCCCGUUUGACCUGCCUUGUUUCCUGCUCGCCUCUCUGGGAACUGGCCUGGCUUCCUGCGCUGCCAACUCCAUCAAUCAGUUCUUUGAGGUUCCGUUUGACUCGAAUAUGAACAGGACAAAAAACAGACCCCUGGUGCGAGGACAGAUCAGCCCCCUGCUUGCUGUAUGCUUUGCAGCAUCUUGCGGCGUGCCAGGCAUCGCCCUGCUGACCAUGGGGGUCAACCCCCUCACCGGUGCUCUCGGAGCGUUCAACAUCUUUCUGUACACCUGCUGUUACACACCCAUGAAGAGAAUGAGCAUCGCCAACACCUGGGUGGGAGCCGUCGUCGGAGCCAUUCCCCCUGUCAUGGGCUGGACCGCAGCGACUGGAAGUCUUGAUGCUGGUGCUUUGCUGCUGGGAGGUAUCCUCUAUUCCUGGCAGUUCCCUCAUUUCAACGCGCUGAGCUGGGGGCUGCGGGAGGAUUACUCACGUGGAGGAUACUGCAUGAUGUCUGUCACCCACCCGGCGCUGUGCAGGCGGGUGGCUCUGCGUCACUGCGUGGCCUUAAUUGGACUCUGCACGGUGGCUCCCAUCCUCGACAUCACCACGUGGACUUUCCCCAUCAUUUCACUCCCCCUUAACCUGUACAUCUCCUACCUCGGCUUUCGGUUCUACAGGGAUGCAGACCGCAGCAGCUCCAGGAAGCUCUUCUUCUGCAGCCUCUGGCAUUUGCCCCUGCUGCUGCUGGUCAUGUUGUCCUGCAAGAAGUCUCUCCUGGAGAAGGAAGAGCCAGGUGAUGCACUCAGUGGAAGUCAUGGGAGGGCUAUGGAAAUUAGAUUGCCUUAAAUGUCAAUUACUUGUCAUCCUCAUGACACAUCAGGUAGUAUAUUUUAGUAAUUGCGAGGGGGAAACCUGUGGGAUCUGUUAGGAGAAGAAUCAUUUGUGCCUAGUGACCACUUCAUGUGAUAAUUUUCUACUUUCUUCUUAAAGGGAAUAAACACGAGAGCUUCGGGCUUUCAUUUGCCACAGGCCCAUUCAUUCAGCACAGAUUCCAGUGCAGCCUGUGCCAGAAGCACAUCGCUUUCAGACGGCCUUCCAAGGUCCCUGUGGCUCCUGGUCCUCCUAUAACACGUCACAAGCGCACACACACUUGGCAAAGAAGUCAGGAAGUGACAAAUGAAUGAUUUGCCACCCCUGUCCCAAGCACCCUUCCUAGAUUAGGCUUUAAGGCUCACGGUGGGUUAGAUGAGCUGGUUUUGUCUCGUUCCCUGCUGUCCCUGCUCUGUUGUUACACAGAAGCCUUCAUCUUCUGAGGCUUUUCUCUAUCAGUUGCUUUUCCCAAGGUUAUCAUUCACCCCAGUAGAUUUGUAGCUUUCAUAUCGUUUUCACGAGGCUUUCACAAUGCUAAAGGAGUUAGGAGAGCUGCCUUUCAGCACACUGCACAUCAGCAUUUACGCAGCCUCCCAAUGAUCACUGUUCUGUAGCACACACUGGAACACUCUCAUAGCCAUUUCACUGUACAUCCAUCACAGCACAUUCCCGUCACUACGGUUUGAGCCCUGUGUGGCAAAGCUUCAGCUGACAAAAAAACCUAACAUUGCUUUGGAAAGGUAUUGGAAAAGGUGAGGGCCAGGCCCCAGAGUCUGGUCUUUAUAAGGCUUUUCUCUGCUGAUGUGCCUUGUGCUGCCCAUUCAGGCUGUGUCUCCAGGUGAGCUCUGGGUAUCAACAAUUGGAACUGUGUUUGGUAUCACACCUCUGUGGUUCACAGAGGUCUCACUUGGGGUUUGUCAUCAGGAAGAAAACACUUUACAGAAAAAAAACUUUAGGAUUUGUACCUAAUAUCAUAAUGUUCACAUUGCUGACGCAGCCGGUGUCUCUCCAAAGAAACUCAUGGGGAUGGUCCUAUUAGGAAAAUGCAUCAUCUUCGUUAGCUGACAAGAUGAAAUGCAUUUCUGGCCAUGAUUUGAUGUGGUUGUGCUGCCCAUCCAGGGCUGUGCCAGACCUCAGUGUGCCUGGAUGCCAAGCACCCAACCUCUGCCCUGUUACACUGGUUUAAAUCCAGCGUGGCACCGUUAACCCCUGUACUGCUGGCAGAGCUGCUGGCAUAGCAGGGCCACCUGUUCUACAGGCACUGGAUUGAGUUCCCUGUCUCUGUGCAGCUCCGUUGUUCUGAGUCACUGGGUGGAACACUUUGUGGGAAUGUCUCAAUACUGUACAACUGUGCAACUACUUCAUUCGUUUUAAAAAUGCGUCAGGUCUUCUCUGCAAUAAAGUACAUACUGUACAGGAAGA